AUGCUACUCCUGAAGCCGAUCCGCUUAAGAACUCGUCAGAUUUCCCAAUAUGCUUCCGCGGCUUCACAAGAAUUGUCUGCACCUAAAGCGGUCUCCACGACACCACCAAAGGGGCUUAAUUUCUACAUCUCUACCCUCCAAACCCGUGCCUCUGUUGAUCAACUUCAUAAACUUCACGCUGAGAUUCUCAAGACUCACUUUUCCCGGAACGUAUUCCUGUUGACACGUCUAGCUCAUGCUUACCCCAAAUUUGGUUGCCUGCAUAUUGGAGAAAGAUUUGUUGUCAGCAUCAUCAAGAACCCACCUUUUGGAUACAAACCGAACGCCUUCACGUUUACAUUUGUGCUGCCCGCUUGCGUUGGGUUGAAGUCGGUUAAAGAUUGUCGGAGGGUUCAUACAGAUGUUUUGUGGUUCGGUUGCGAGUAUAACGAGUUUGUUAUCACCGCUCUUAUUGACGUCUAUGGGAAGUGCGGCAAUUUAAGUUCCGCACGCCAACUGUUCGAUGAAAUGCUAGUGAAGAAAACCGCAAGCUGUAACGCCCUGUUGGCUGCGUUUGUACUGGAUGAGAAGUUCGAUGAUGCCUUAUCACUCUUUAAUGAAAUGAAGAAGUUGGGGAUCCCAUCAGAUACCAUUACCAUGGUUAGGGUACUUCAAUCAUAUGCCUCUUUGGGUGCUUUACAACAGGGAAGAUGGGUGCAUGAGCAAAUAAUAAGGACCCAAAUGGUGGUGAACGUACAAUUAGGUUCAGCUCUGAUUAACAUGUACGCUGGAUGUGGUAGCAUAGAAGAAGCCCAUCAUGUGUUUGAAGAAAUGCCAAAAAAAGAUCUCAUCGCGUGGACAUCAAUCAUAUGUGGGUAUGGAAUGCAUGGUCUUGCCCAUCUUUCAGAAUCUCUUUUCCUUCGUAUGGUGAGUCAUGGUCUAAGACCUGAUGCCAUAACAUUUGUUGGAGUUUUGUCAGGUUUUAGUCACAAUGGCAUUGUAGAAAAAGGGUGGUAUUAUUUCAAGAAAAUGCCAUAA